CAUCAAAUACGGAGACAAGAAUUCUGCUCUGCCUCUCACCGUCCUCUUUCUCUUUCUCUCUCUCUCUCUUGCUCGGCGGAAUCCCUCUGUCAAUCUGCAGAGGCUUUCGUGGCGUCAACGACGAGCGGAAGCCCCUUUUCUGUUUUUUUCCCGCCAUUUGAGAGAGAGAGAGAGAGAGAGAGAGGAACGAACCGGGAGGGGAAGAAUUCCGGUGCACCGGAGAGAGAAGGGAAGGGAAGAAGAAAGAGAGGUUCGAAUCGGAUCGGAAAAGGAAGGAAAUUGAGGUGGUCGGGUGUUGCUUUUGUUGUUCGAUCUCCUGGGCGAAUGCAGGUUCCUUGAUCCGCGUCGCUCUGUUGCGUUCGGAUCUCCCUAGCAGAUCAGGGAUCGGAGCGGCGCGGAACUAAGCGUGGAUUUCAUAAUUGUUUCGGCCUAUUUCGCUUUUUGAUCCUUGGGAGUGACUGCUCUCCUGUUCGCGACAUUGCACAUUAUCUCGAAGAAGCUAAGGCGAGGAGAUUUUGGUGCUGAAUUACGGUUUCGAAUACUGAACAUUGCUGCAGAAUUUUGUUAAUCUGAAGGAAUUAUGUGAUUCCAGGUCCCGCCUUCUUCCCUUCUUCUGCACAGAGGUCAAAUUCCCCAGAUUAUUUGAGGAUUUGUGAGAAGAAGGGAAGACCAGCUCUUCGCUAUUAAUUCACGGUCUUUGCCUGCCAUCGAGGAGUUGAUAUAUCUGUGGAAUAUUCACAUUUGUUUAGCGUCGAUAAUCAUCCAAUUUCAGGGGAUUGAGGAAGUUGCGUUUUUGCGCAUGCUCGUGGAAACCUUUUGAUUACAGGGGUUUGCAGCCUUGGAAUCCAAGUUAAUGCUUCAUCUCUUGGUGGAGCCUUGAUUCUGCUUUUCUUCAUCGUAUCUGCUACAGGACUGGAGUUCCGAGGACUCACUCUGUAGGAGAUCGAUUGUGGCAGUUUGUGUUUUUUCCAUAUUUACUUAGGUGAAUGAGCUGACCGGUUUGGAAAAUUGUUAUUCUUUUGGAGGUCUUGGAGACCUAAAAUGGGUAGCUAGAUGGUAUGGGUCACCGUUGCUUCCCAAGGAAACUUCAAAUUCCUUCGGCUAAUUCAUUUUGGCCGAGGAUAGAAGGCGAAGAGAUUUGUUCGGGACCUCCUUUCUUCUUAAAAUUUGGAAUAAAGCAACAGUUGUAAUCGUAAAGCACAACAUAAUCAGUCAUGGAUGGGCACUUGAGAUAUUAUGAACCCUGACCAGCCAUUGUUAUGCUCUGACUGUAGUACUGAUCCCUCUUCUGAUACAUCUCUUUCUUCUUUGAGACCUGGUUCUUUUGGUUGCCUCUGCCGGCUUGCUUCGCACUCAUAUUCCAAGGUAGCCUCUUCAUUCUCUGAUACUGAAGACACCUUCAGCCAUUUUGUCAAUUCGGCAGGGUCCAGACCAAGGUUCACUUCGUUGGAUUCUCAUUACUUUCACGGUUCUGUCUUCGGAUGCUCUUCGAAAAAGGUUGUUAUGGAAACAAAUCAUUCCUCGAGUGAAGUAACCAAGGGCUCCUUCGAAAUAUCUGGACCUGCACGGUACAUGUCACAUGAGAGGAGAGCUUCUGUUUCAGGCAUUGAGAAGUCAAGAUCUCAGAGGAUCCGACAUAAGAGCCUUGAAGUCUUUGAGUUUCUAUCUUCCGAAGAGAAUGCCCGAACGAUUUAUAUCAAUGACCCAAGGAAGUCAAAUGACAAGUAUGAAUUCACAGGGAAUGAGAUUCGGACCAGCAAAUAUACUGUGAUCACAUUCCUACCCAAGAACUUGUUUAUUCAGUUUCAUCGAUUGGCGUACCUGUACUUUCUAGCGAUUGCUGCUUUGAACCAGCUUCCACCCCUUGCGGUGUUUGGGAGGACUGUAUCUCUCUUUCCUCUUCUCUUUGUUUUAUUUGUUACAGCCAUCAAGGACGGGUAUGAAGAUUGGAGAAGGCAUCGCUCGGACAGAAAAGAGAAUAACCGACAUGCCGAUGUUCUUCAAGGUGCUUCGUUCCAGGCAAAAAAAUGGAAGAAAAUACAGGUUGGCGAGGUUUUAAGAAUUAAAGAGGACGAGACUAUACCGUGUGAUAUGGUUCUUCUUCGAACAAGUGAUCCAAGUGGUGUUGCCUAUGUUCAGACAAUGAACCUUGAUGGUGAGUCGAACCUGAAAACUAGAUAUGCACGGCAGGAAACUACAAUGAUGGAUUUCGAAUCAGACACAGUAUCUGGGCUCAUCAAAUGUGAACAGCCUAAUAGAAACAUUUAUGAAUUCACAGCUGCAAUGGAACUGGGAGGACAAAAAAUUGCACUUGGACAAUCGAACAUAGUUCUUCGAGGCUGCCAGCUCAAAAACACUGAUUGGGUUGUCGGUGUGGCAGUGUAUGCUGGUCAAGAGACCAAGGCAAUGUUGAACAGUGCAAUUUCUCCAUCAAAAAGAAGCAAAUUGGAGGGUAAUAUGAACAGAGAGACAUUGUGGUUGUCUGUUUUCCUUCUUAUAAUGUGUGCUGUAGUGGCUGGUGGAAUGGGUCUGUGGUUGGGAAACCAUAAAUCUAAGCUUGAUACUGUGCCUUAUUACAGGAAAAGGUACUUCAAUAGUGGAGCAAAUGAUGGAAAAAAUUACAAAUAUUACGGUCUCCCGUUGGAGAUAUUCUUCUCUUUUCUGAGUUCUAUCAUAGUUUUUCAGAUCAUGAUACCAAUAUCUCUUUACAUAUCUAUGGAGCUAGUACGACUCGGACAGUCAUACUUUAUGAUUGGAGAUACCCAGAUGUAUGAUGCCGAUUCAAAUUCCAGGUUUCAGUGUAGAUCAUUGAACAUUAAUGAGGAUUUAGGUCAAGUGCGAUAUAUCUUCUCUGACAAGACAGGAACUUUGACUGAGAACAAGAUGGAUUUUUGUAAAGCUAGCAUAUAUGGCAAAAAUUACGGCAAUGCUGCUUAUGCAUUGGAUUGUUCCACUGAUGAUGCUUCUGAUGUCCUUGUACACAAGACAGAUAUUACAGAAGUCAAGGAAGGAAGGAGUUGGAAGACCAAAAUAAAAGUGAAGGUUGAUCAUGAACUUGUCUCACUGUUACACAAAGACUUAGUUGGGAAGGAGCGAGAAGUUGCACAUGAGUAUUUCCUUACUCUUGCUGCUUGCAACACAGUAAUUCCAGUCAUAACACAAAGUCCAGCGCCUACAAAUUCUGCUACCAGUGAAUGUCCAGUGCUUGAUUAUCAGGGAGAGUCUCCUGACGAGCAGGCUCUAGUUUCUGCAGCUUCUGCUUAUGGAUACACCCUUAUUGAGCGCACAUCAGGGCACAUUGUGAUUGAUGUCCAUGGUGAAAAGUUAAGGUUGGACGUACUGGGCUUGCAUGAAUUUGACAGUGUACGCAAAAGAAUGUCCGUGAUUGUUCGAUUUGCAGAUGGCUCUGUAAAGGUUUUAGUAAAAGGUGCUGAUAACUCCAUUUUUAGCAUCUUGUCAAAAGCUUCUGAUAUGGUUGAUCCUGGAGGCCCUUCUCAUGAUAUUAAAAAUUCCACACAGAAUCACUUGAAUGAGUAUUCAUCACUGGGUCUGCGGACACUUGUUAUUGCAGCAAAGAACAUUACUGAGGCAGAACUUGAAGAAUGGCAGCAAACUUAUGCAGAAGCAAGCACUUCAUUGAAUGACAGAGUGGCAAAACUCCGGAAAACAGCAGCACUCAUAGAGAGCAAUUUAAAUCUUCUCGGUGCAACUGGAAUUGAAGAUAAAUUGCAGGAGGGCGUACCUGAAACGAUAGAGGCUCUUCGUGAAGCAGGCCUUAAGGUCUGGGUUCUCACAGGAGAUAAGCAAGAAACUGCAAUUUCUAUUGGCCUUUCAUGCAAACUUUUGACACUUGAUAUGCAGCAAGUUAUUAUCAAUGGCAAUUCUGAAGAAGAAUGUAGAAGGCUUUUGGCAGAUGUGAAAAACAAAUAUGGGAUCAAAACUGUAGAUCAGAAAGAUGCAACUAAGAAAAUAAUAAAAAAUGGUGACAACAAAGAUGAUGGCAGCUCACUGUCCAGUAACAACUUUCCUGGCAGUGGAUUACAGGCUUCUAAAUGCAUUAACAAAACUGGUUGUCAUUCUCAACAGCCUUCAGGCAAAGCAACUGGGAUGAAGAACACACCACUUGCCCUCAUAAUUGAUGGCACAAGCCUUGUUCAUAUUUUGGCAAAAGAUCUUGAAAAUGAGCUUUUUGACAUAGCAAUUUCCUGUAAAGUAGUCCUCUGCUGCCGUGUUGCUCCACUGCAAAAAGCUGGGGUUGUUGAUUUAAUCAAGAGCAGGACUAAUGACAUGACACUGGCUAUUGGAGAUGGGGCAAAUGACGUUUCGAUGAUCCAAAUGGCUGAUGUUGGAGUUGGGAUAAGUGGCCAGGAAGGACGCCAAGCAGUGAUGGCAUCAGAUUUUGCAAUGGGGCAGUUCAGAUUCUUGAAAAGAUUACUGCUUGUACAUGGUCAUUGGAAUUAUCAUCGCAUUGGUUAUUUGGUUUUAUACAACUUUUACAGAAAUGCUGUGUUUGUUCUUAUGCUUUUCUGGUAUAUAUUAUGCACUGCAUUUUCUACUACCUCAGCAUUGACUGACUGGAGCAGUGUAUUUUAUUCUGUUAUCUACACAUCCGUGCCCACAAUUGUCGUUGGCAUUUUUGACAAAGAUUUGAGUCACAGGACAUUGCUUGAGUAUCCGAAGCUUUACAUGGCAGGACAUAGACAAGAGAGCUACAAUUUGCAUCUUUUCUGGCUCACAAUGAUUGACACUCUUUGGCAAAGUCUUGUUCUCUUCUAUGUCCCACUUUUGACUUACAGCAAUGGGCCGGUUGACAUUUGGAGUAUUGGAAGCUUGUGGACAAUUUCGGUUGUUGUGCUUGUGAAUGUUCACUUAGCCAUGGAUGUACAUCGUUGGGUAUUGUUUAUUCAUCUCGCAACAUGGGGUUCUAUAGUUAUCACAUACAUUUGUCUAGUAAUUCUCGACUCGAUCCCCAGAUAUCCCAACUACUGGACAAUCUAUCAUCUUGCAACAUCCCCGACCUACUGGCUAACCAUUUUCCUUGUGACAAUCUUGGCACUGCUACCACGGUUUCUUCUCAAGAUCCUGCAGCAGAUGUUUUGGCCAUCAGACAUUCAGAUAGCCAGAGAAGCUGAGAAAUUUGGAAAACUGUCUUACCAUUCCUCCAAGCCCAAACAAGGUGUUGAGUGAUUUAUAAGUUGCUUGUUUGAGCAGACACCAUCUAUGUUAUACGGCUUGCAUCAGUUCCACAGUCAGAUGGCUUCCUUUUGGCGGGCUCUUGGGUGUGCUCCAGGUGGAUGUACAGGGGAAGGGGGUGAUCUUAAACCCCAUGAAGUUUGUAUUAGCUGCCCAAACAUCAUAUACACGCUUACAGAUUCAGGAAAAUGAUCAAGCAAAAGGGACUCCUCACCGUCGAAAAUGGUGUGGUUGCUGCAGAGGACUAUGGUUCCUUUUGUCCAACACUGUACGAAUAUGUAGAUUGAUUUCAGAGGUGACCUUUUGGCGAAAAGAAAGAUGACCGGGGCACCCAAUUUUGUGUUCUUGUGGAUGUCUUUCUCGUAUCCUCUUUGUACCUACCGCACCUAAGCAACAUACGUAGAAAGCUGCCUUUCUUUUC